UAACACCAAAUAACUUAUUUAAGAAGUCGCAGCCCCUACGCUAUAUACUAGUAGCUUUAUGUCAGAGUGUUCCCUCCGCAUCUACUGUUUGCCAUUUCAUGGCUAGGCCCCCAUGACCUAAAAUGGACGCCGUCAGAGGUUAAUGACCGCAAGUGCAAACUUGCGGAACUCCACAUAAAGGUCAUAGUGAGUGUACUGGGAGUCUUUCAACCGGUCUGGGUUCAUACGAUAAGAACGUCCACUAUGGUCAAGCCGAUAGAAACCGCCUUGUAUGCGACAUUGGGCGGCCUUUCCACCGCCGUGGCGGCCAUCAAUGUUGUCUACCCGCAAAUACGGCAGGACCUGAGAUACUUGCGAAAAAUAGGGGGGCCUAUUACCCGAUUUAGGCGGUACCAAUCAGCCCAACCCCCCGUCACCGUAGUGGACCGUUUCCUGCACCAGGUUCAGCUCCAUCCCGACAAGCCCUUCCUCCUGUUCGAAGAUGAAGCCUACAGCUACAAGGACGUGGACGUCAUGUCCAACAAGAUGGCCAACUUCUUCCGGGGGGAGGGGUACAAGUGCGGGGACACCGUCGCCAUGUUGAUCUACAACGAGCCGGCGUUCGUCUGGACUUUCCUGGGCCUGGCGAAGUUAGGUGUGAAGAUGGCGCUCCUGAACACCAACCUGAGGAGCAAGUCUCUACUGCACUGCUUCAAGGUGGCGGAGGCGAAGGCUCUUAUUGUGGGACAAGGCGACGCUUUACUGGAAGCUGCCAUAGAAAUCUUACCUGCAUUGGAAGAACUUGGAGUGACGGUCUGGCUACAGGGGGACAAGCCUGCUCCCCAAGGCUUCUUCUCAUUGGAUGACAAAAUCAACCAGGCGUCCAACCAGCCAAUCCCAAUGAAGCUUAGAGAGAGCAUCAUGGCGAGAGAUACCUUGUGUUACAUCUAUACAUCCGGGACUACAGGUCUGCCGAAAGCUGCCAAAGUACCCCAGGACAAGAUUGUGGGAGGCGGCUGCUUGUUCGGGUUGUGUGACCUGAAGGAGGACGAUGUGGUGUACGUGACGAUGCCUUUGUACCAUUCAAGUGCGCUACUGUUCGGCCUGGGAGGAACCAUUGAGCAUGGAAUCACCAUGGCCAUGGCCAAGAAGUUCUCAGUGACGCGGUUUUGGGACGACUGUCGCAAAUACAACGCAACGGUUAUUACGUACAUCGGAGAACUGCUGCGGUACCUGUGUGCUCGUCCAAAGACCCCCUUCGACAGAAAUCACGGCGUCCGACUGGCGUUUGGGAACGGCCUCCGUCCCGACGUCUGGACGAAGUUCCAGGAGAGGUUCGGAGUCGGGCAGAUCCUUGAAUUCUACGGCGCUACGGAGGGGAACUUUUCCAGCUACAAUAUCUACAACAAAACAGGAGCUAUCGGCAUGAUGAGUCCAGUUUUAAAGAAAAUACAUCCAUCCUCCUUUCUGAGAGUAGACCCCGAAACAAGCGAACUCAUCAGAGAUGAGAACGGCAGAUGUAUUCCUGUAAAUCCUGGGGAGCCGGGUCUUCUUGUUGUCCCUAUAGCGGACAGAACCCCGUUUCAUGGCUACAAAGGAGAAAAAAAAAUAACGGAGAAGAAAAUUCUCCGUAACGUCUUCGAGAAAGGAGACAUGUUCUUCAACACAGGUGACCUGCUGAUGGUGGACAAGGACUACUACAUGUACUUCAUAGACAGACUUGGGGACACAUACAGAUGGAAAGGUGAAAACGUGGCGACUACCGAGGUGUCAGAGGUUUUACAUGACAUAGAGGAGGUGCAGGAAGCUAACGUGUAUGGAGUCACCGUGCCAGGUCAUGACGGUCGAGCUGGCAUGGCGGCCAUUGUGCUACAUCCGGGACACCAAGCGAACCUGCGGGACUGGUACUCCCACCUGGCCUCGCGCCUGCCCGCGUACGCCCGGCCGCUGUUCCUCCGUCUCACCCCGGACCUGGACCACACCGGCACCUUCAAGCAGACCAAGGCGCAGCUCGUGAGGGAGGGGUUCGAUCCGAAUGUCAUCACAGACGGUUUGUACCUCCGUGACGACUCUAAGGAGACGUACGUCCCGCUGGAUCUGGAGGCCUACAGGAACAUUGUUGUCGGCAGGGCCAAACUUUAAAAAGAUCUUCGUUUGAACAAAGAGGUUUUAUCAAGACUCUUGAUAAAACAUCAUUGGUUCGAACGGAACGAACUCCAGGCCCAACCUACCUUCACAAUAGUUAAAAUUCUAAUAUCAAAUUGUUAAUGUUCAAUUGGAUUUUAAAAGAUGACAAGAAAUAAAAAAAAAAUAUUUUUCUGUUAUAUGUAUUCAAUUUGUAAAAAAACAUGCAAGUAAUCGUUUCCGAAGAAGGUCGUGCAAUGAAUGGUGAUUUAACAUUUCUGCUGGAAAGAAGGUUAACGUUACCUACAAGCUGUCAGGAUAGAUGAAAUUUUCAUCGACGUGAUCAAUAUAUAGUAAAUAUGACCUGACGAUGCAUUCUGUCUGUCAACAGGUUGUGUUCACAAAUAUGACAACAGCAUGUUUCGGAUAGACUUCACAAACUGAUAACAGCUCAGAGGAUUAUUCCAUGACUGUGUUUAAUUUUCCCAUGAUCAUCAGUUGCAAUGUAUCAGUAGGUUGUUUGAAACUCAACUAUCUGUUUAGUAGAACGUUUAUUUACAGCUAUUUACACUUCCUGGUGAUAACAUGUGCACCAAGUUGACAAAACACCAAUGCCUCCGUACUCGUUUACAAAAGCGUGCAAAGUACUAUCCCAUGUUAGUUUUAGUUUUAUCUCACCAUACAUUUCCUAUUCUGUUUUAAUCUAUGACUAUUAUAUAAACAAAAUGUACAGUACAUGCAGGGUUAUACAGUGUAUAAAAUGAUAGAGCGGUACUGAAAAUGAUCUUUACGUGACUGUUCGCAAAGACUCGUCUUUUACAUGUUAUGUUUGUUGAAGGAAACUGUUGCGUCAUCUACCAAAGUCGGAGUAACCAUUAUAACAUUGUAUCCCCUGCAGGGUCACAAAGGUUCUGAAACCUCGCUCCAAAGAGACACAGUCUUGUAAUGCCUGGUAGGUUAGGGAAUGAUGUAAUAGUUGUAAUGACCAAUCAUAUUUACAAACGGGGUAGAAAGGCUAUGUCUAGACAGAUUACUCUUUCAUACGAAACAUUUACAGAGAAAGUAACAAAUAGUACGAAAGAAUAUGCAUAGAUAAUAGUCAACAGUUCAUCCACAAUCUGUACAAUAAAUAAUACAAUCCAAAA